UGCAUGUCUGACUCAACAUGGCAGGACACACUGCAGACUUUGAUCUGAAACUACAGGAGACAAAGUAAAAUAAUAUGCUACCUUUGCCGGUGCACUGGGUGGGGAGAGAGUGAGAGUCACAAGUUCGCUUCGGUUGUAUACAAUGCGAACACGGAAGGGCACAGGGCGGUUUGUGAUGGCUGUGUCUCAGUGGAUGUUCUGUGCUGCAGUGCUGCUCCUCCUCAUCCAGGGGCUCCAGUGUUCUCCCGUUCCCCCUGCUUGUCCGGAGUCCUGCCUUUGUCAGAAAGAUCUGCUAAACUGUUCCUUCACUGGCCUUUCCCAGGCCCAACAACAUGUUCCAUCCACUGUCACUGAACUAGAUCUAUCUCACAACCUCCUGAAGUCCGUUACCCCCUCAUGGUCAAGUUGGAGGCUUAAGAGUCUAUGGCUUGGACACAACAGCAUCACUCACCUGUCUCUGUGUGUGCGGAGGACCUGGAGGGGUAAACAUUGGAAAAUCCCCCUCUCACGUAGCCAAGGGAGAUGUGUGUCCUGGGCCCCAACUCUGCAGCUGCUCUCUGCUGAGAGGAACCAGCUAGAGAUGAUUCCUGAAGGCCUGGGAGGUAGUGAGUUCCUACAGGUGCUGCAGCUCUCCCACAACAGGAUCUCUGACCUGCGACCUGGAGACCUGUGCAGGUGCCCCCUUCUGAGAGAGAUCCAUCUGCAGCACAACCGUAUCUCCAACCUCCACCCACAGGCCCUGAGGGACAUGCCAGAGCUCAGGGUCCUGGAUCUGAGCUUCAACUUGUUGACCACGAUCACUCCAUCAGCCUACCUGUCGCUGUGUAACCUGAAUGCCCUGGUGGAGGUGAGUGGGAACAGGUGGAGGUGUGACUGCAGCCUGCGGAGCUUGAGGAGGAAGAUGGCCUACGACAGGGACAGGGCCCUGCAGCUGACCUGGAGGGGGGUGGUGUGUACAUCCCCCUCCACCCACGCAGGUAGAGACCUGCUACACCUGGAGGACAGUGACCUCACCUGCUCUACUGCUGAGAACAGGGCGGGGCUCCACCAGGAUGUGACAGUGGAUAAAGGGAUGGAGAUCCUGUUGCCCUGUGGCUCUCCAAAGCAAGAUUCAACAUGGUGGACACCCAAUGGACAAGUUCCUGGGAGCCAGGCAGGCCUGCUGAUCAGUGACAUCACAGAGCGAGACGCAGGACUGUACGUGUGCAUCUCUGGGCCACACGAGGAGUCUGUGUCUGUAUUCAACCUGCUUGUUCACAAGGCAGAGAGGAAAACCAGAGACACUAGGAGUUUACACAGGGAGCGGCUACAGAUUAACUCAGAGUUAGGCAGCAUCCAGGGGGAAGGUCAGGAGACAGACCUGAACUCUCUAGACCUCCACAGGGCUACUCAGAGAACACAGUCUGACUUGGUCCUGGCUGUCUGCCUGUCUGUGUUCAUCACCUUCCUGGUAGCAUUUGUAAUUGGUGCUCUGACCAGACCUCUCCUGGACGCUCUCUGGAGGAGGUGUUGUAGCUGCUGUAACCGUACCAAGCAAAGCGCCUCCCCACCACAAUCGGUCUCCUCUGCUGGGCAGUCCCCCUACGAUAACAAGGCCUAUUCAGAUGAGGAUGAGCGAGAGGAACUAGGGACACACAGGGAGAGGAGAGUGACAUUUAGUGGACAUCCUUCAGAACAAAGGGAUCAGAAUAGCAUUCCAUACUAUGAUACUGUGGCCAAUGGCAUGCAGGACAACCUCGCUGGGGAAUAUGAUGCAACAUAUGAGAAUGUUCAGGAGAGGGAUACCUCACACCCCUCCCUUGAGGUCUAUCACCCGCCUGAGGAGGAGAAGCCUAGGGUACAGGGCUCUGUCAGCUCAGGAAGCUUCCGACAUGACAACCCAGAGACAGACACUCACAGUGGAGAUCUCUCUGAUAUGUCUCUGAGUGAACCACAAAGGGGCGCUUACCCAGUCCAUACCCACGGCAUGGAGUUUGAAUCCAUCCCCGACCCAGAACAGUUGCACGGGUGUCGAAGCUCGUCUGUGUCUUCACACUCUGACCAGGAGAGUCCAGAUAGGGAUCAGGAUAUGGACUGGCCCAAAGACAAUUUGGCUCAGAGAUUGGAGGAGCGCAAGACCCGGAAUAAUUCCUGGGAGCCUCAAUCCCCCCAGAAGGAAGACGACUCCUUUGAGCGGAGUUCAGAUUUCCCUACAGUUAAACCAGUUGAUGUUCUACAGAUUAACAUUGGCAGAGUGGGUGAGAUCCCUGGAUUUGCUUAUAGGAAAUCAAACAUGGCAGAUCCCAACCCCAUGGAUCCUGAGCUGUGGAAUGACAGCGGAGAGAGCUUUGAGUUCUCUGAUUCCGUCCAAGGUGCAUCGGCACGAUCCAGUAGUCAAGAUCUUUCAGGUUCUGCUUUUGCUGAUCAGUUGAGAAAAGAGUAUGAACAAGCGUGGAAUAAAGAAACACUUGUGAAAGAUUGGAGGGAGAAUGAUAAGUCCAGCUCCAGCAACUCAAGUGACAGUGGGAAUGAACCUACAGAGUACACUGUGAACCCAGAGAUGGGGGUAGUGAAGGAGAAGGAGAUUGUCCAGGAUGCACUACUUACACAUGAUAGCACAACAGACCCUGCAGCAGCGAACCCCUAUCUCAAACACGAUGUCAGUUUGGACAAGCAGCACUAUAAGGACCCAGUCAGUCCCUCUCCAGAUGAGGAUGGAUUUCAUGUGAGUGAACUGAGACAGGAAGUUCAACGCUCUCAUUUGUUUUCAGAGCACUCUGAUUUGUCCAGUGAUAGUAGUGAUGAACCCACAAAGUACACAGUGAACAAGGAUAGCGAUGAGGAAGAAGAGGAUGAAGCUCAAGUCCCAGCUGUGACACACAAAGGUCCAUCUCUCAGUCUUGGAGAUAUUAAUGUAUCUUUGGCCUCAAGGAAAGCUCUCAAUAUUGGCUUCUCCAAGGAUGGUUUUCAAUAUCAAUCAGAGCCUGAGACAAGGUUGACUGGCUUGGAUCGAACCACCCAGAGUGCCAUCAGCACAAAGGAGCCCCUUCCCCAAACUUCAUUGCCCUCAGACGUGGCAAGGGUUGAAAACCCACCAGUUUCAGCCUACAUCCCCAGACUCAGUAAGCGUUUAGAUAUUCAGUCUCCUCAGGAAGCUUCCCCUGCUCCCGCAAAAACACCACCACCCUCUGAAUUCUCUUCCAACAGUGAGAGUGAUGAGACAGAUAACUCAAUGAAACUUGACAGAGAGCUCCCAGAUGUCUCACAGAAGAAUUCAUCUCUCAGUCUUGGAGACAUUAAUGUCUCUUUGGCUCCAAGGAAAGCUCUGAAUAUCGGCUUUUCCAAGCAAGGUUACCAAUAUCAACCCGAGCCUGAAAAAAGGUUGACUGGCGUGGGUCUUUCUUUCCAGAGUGCCAUCACCCCAAAGGAGCCUUCAUUGCCCUCAGACGGGACAAGGGCUGGAGAGUCUCCAGCUCCAUUCUAUAUCCCCAGCCUCAGGAGAUGUCUGGAUAUUCAGCCUCCUCAGGACACUCCACCUGCUCCACCACGAACACCACCACCCUCUGGUUCAUCCUCUUCUAGAAGUGAAAGUGAGGAUGAGACUACAAUGAAUCAAAAAAGAGAAGCGAAAGCUAAGGUUCCAGAUUCAUCUUUCAUUCCCGCAGGCAUUGAUGUCUCUUUUGCUCCAAGGAAAGCUCUCAAUAUUGGCUUCUCCAAGGAGGGUCUUCAAUAUCAAUCAGAGCCUGAGACAAGGCCGAAAAGCUUGGAUCUCUCCUCUCAGAGUGAUAUCACCCCAAAGGAGUCACUUCCCCAACAUCGAUUCCCAGAAGGGACAAGGACUGGAGAGACUCCACUAGAUAUCCCCAGCCUCAGGGGACAUUUAGAUAUUCAGGCCACUCAGGAAACUCCACCUGCUGCCCCAGGGUCACGCCGACCUGCUGGUUCAUCCUCUUUUAACAGUGAAAGUGAGGAUGAGACGACAAUGAAUCAAAAAAGGGAAGAGAAAUCUCAGGACUCCGAUUCAUCUUUCAUUCCCGAAGGCAUUGAUGUCUCUUUUGCUCCAAGGAAAGCGCUCAAUAUUGGCUUCUCCAAGGAGGGUUUUCAAUAUCAAUCAGAGCCAAGUUUGACUGGCAUGGGUCUAACCUCCCAGAUUGCCAUCAGUACAAAGCAGCCCUUUCCCAAAUCUUCAAUUCCCUCAGAUGGGACAAGGGAUGAAGAGUCUCUAGUUCCACUCUAUAUCCCCAUUUUCAGGAGACAUGUGGGCAUACAGCCUCCUCAGGAGACUCCACCUGCUGCCCCACAAACACCACCACCCUCUGGUUCAUCCUCUUCUGGAAGUGAGAUUAAGGAACUUGACAGAGAGGUCCCAGAUGUCACACACAAGGAUCCAUUUCUCAGUCUUGGAGACAUUAAUGUCUCUAUAGCCCCAAGGAAAGCUCUCAAUAUCAGCUUCUCCAAGGAGGGUUUUCAAUAUCAACAAGAGCCUGAGACAAGGUGGCCUAGCUUGGAUCUCUCCUCUCAGAGUGAUAUCACCCCAAAGGAGCCUCUUCCCCAACAUCGAUUCCCAGAAGGGACAAGGACUGGAGAGACUCCACUAGAUAUCCCCAGCCUCAGGGGACAUUUAGAUAUUCAGGCCACUCAGGAAACUCCACCUGCUGCCCCAGGGUCACGCCGACCUGCUGGUUCAUCCUCUUUUAACAGUGAAAGUGAGGAUGAGACGACAAUGAAUCAAAAAAGGGAAGAGAAAUCUCAGGACUCCGAUUCAUCUUUCAUUCCCGAAGGCAUUGAUGUCUCUUUUGCUCCAAGGAAAGCGCUCAAUAUUGGCUUCUCCGAGGAGGGUUUUCAAUAUCAAUCAGAGCCAAGUUUGACUGGCAUGGGUCUAACCUCCCAGAUUGCCAUCAGUACAAAGGAGCCCCUUUCCAAAUCUUCAAUUCCCUCAGAUGGGACAAGGGAUGAAGAGUCUCUAGUUCCACUCUAUAUCCCCAGUUUCAGGAGACAUGUGGAUAUUCAGCCUCAUCAGGAAACUCCACCUGCUUCCCUACGAACAUCACAUAACUCUGAAUCAACCUCUUCCAGCAGUGAGAGUGAAGGUGAGACUACAAUGAACCAAAAAAGAGAAGAGGAGAAAGCUAAGGUCCCCGAUGUCACAUAUAAGUAUCCAUCUCUCAGUCCGAGAGACACACCCAUUAAUGUCUCUUUUGUUCCAAGGAAAGCUCUCAAUAUUGGCUUCUCCAAGGAGAGUUUUCAAAAUCAAUCAUCAGAGUCAAAGUAUGAGAGUAUAACCACCACAAAUGAUAGAGGUUUUCAGGAAGAUGCCAAGCCUGCUCCCAAAACAUCAAUAUUUUACUCCACCUCCUCAGACAGGGCGAGAACUGAGGAGCCACCAGUUCCACUCUACAUCCCUGGACACUGGAGGCAUCAGAAUAUCCAGCCCUUUCAGGAUGCUACACUUGUCGAAUCAUCCUCUGCUAGCAGUGAGAAUGGAGAUGAGCUUACAGAACACACAAAGAAACCAGGGAGAGACGUCACAGAUUUCUCGCUCAGUCCUGGGGACACGCCUAUUAAUGUCUCCUUUGCCCCAAGAAGAGCUCUCAAUAUCAGCCUUUACAACUCAGCCAGUACCACAGAGGAGGUGGAGAGGAAGACCGGAGCAGAGGACAGGUGGGAAAGGCCAGGGCUUGGUGGUCUGAAGGCACUGUCAGAGACACAAAGGUGGGACACAAAGGACAGUUCUACAAACAUGAAUGUUUCUUUCUCUCAAAGGAGCGCUCUCAAUAUCAACUCAGACAGCAGCACAGAUGAGGUGGGCAGGAGAGCCAGAGCAGACUUUGAGGAAGAAACCAAUCCCUCUCCCCAACUGUCUUUACCAAAAACAUCAUCCCUUUUCUCCACUUCCACUGAUGAGGCGAGGCCUAUAGAGUCUCCACUCCAAAUCCCCCGCCGUAGGAGGCGUCUAGUUGUAGACAUUCAGCCCCACCUGGCUCCACCUAGUGCCCCAGGAACACCACCACCUUUCCCAGAGGGAGAAGAGGCAGCUGGUUCUGGAUGGAGGAGCAGGGGACAACAGAGGUGGAGAGCCAUAGAUGGAUUUGGCCGUACACCCAUGACACAGAGAGAUGAAGUAGAGAAGAACUAUAUGGGGUUAUUGGCUGCUAAACCAUUCGGCACAGCUCGUCAGUACCAGAGCAUUACUCCAGAAACCAUUAUGGCCGCACAGCAUAGUGAGAUCGCCGAGAGGGAUGGUUCUGACCUGACCUUCUCCACUGUAAGACACAGUGAGGCUUAAGACCGACUGUAUUUGUUUGUGCUGAUUUAAGAUAAGUGGCACUUAAUAUUGAGAAAAAUGCAGCAGAUGACAAAGAGAUUAGAAAUUGGAUUUUAUAUUUUAUUACAGAUUUAUACUGUUCUUACAUUGUUGUAAAAUAUGAGUAAUUUGUGGUGGAAAACCAGACAUGUUUAUCGGAAUGAAAAUGGCUGUUUAUAUGACUUUGAAUGAUAUAAUAGACUGAGGGAUCGUAAAGGUGGGAGCAUUAAACACUGUUUGAAUUUC